UUAACCACCUCUCAGUCCUUACUGUUGCAACUGCAUUCGGCUUCAGGAUCUUUUUUGCUUCCUCAGCCCCUGUGGACCUACAGGUGGGGAGUGGGACUAGGGAACAGCGGAACAAAGGAACCGGAGCGCCCCUGUCCCGGGCCAGACACCCCUUCCGCAGCCUCUUAUGGGCCAGAGAAGAAGGGCUCAGCGGCUCGAGGACGCCCUCCCCGAGCCCCGGUCUCAGGCACUUUCCCCGAGGGGAGCAACCAGAGGAUGCAUGGGAGGUGGGGAUGGCCCUUGCAGCAGACCAACUGGCAGACCCCUACGGAACCGGCCUGCGUGGCCGUGGGCGCCGAUGGCCUCCACGUACUGGGCUCCGUUAUUUCAUCAGCAGUUUAAGAAAACCUGCCAAAAGCAGUUAUGCCUCACUGCAAUGUGUAGCUUUUUCCUGCCAUUUUUUUUUUUCAUAAUAAAAGAGGGAGUGAAGCUCGCUCGCUCCCCCCUCCACCCCCCUCUCCCAAAAAGAGCCAAAUGGAUACGAGAAGGGGGGAAAAAAGGAAAGAACCCACACACCAAUCUCUGAGGGGAUGCCAGUGAGGUGUGGCUUGUAUUUAAAUAUCCAAUAUGUCAAUGGAAGGGGAGUGGGUACGUAUAUAAAGUGCCGUUUGCAUCUGAUAGCUCCACGAAGCCAGCUAUGAGAGGCCAGGAGAGAUGGAUGCGGAGGGGAAGCCGCACUUUAACUGAGAGCAAGGUCAGGAGCGCGCUGCCCCACGCUCCCCGCCGCUAAGAAGUUCCUUGGACGCGAACAGACGUGUGCUGCAGCUGGGCAGAGCACGGAGCCUAGCAGCGACGAGCGAGCGAGCGAGCGCCGCCGACCAGCCUGCGCCCGCCGCGGGGAGAGGCAGUUCGCGCCCCGCGGCCCCGGCUCGACCCGCGCCGCCGCCAGCCCCGCCAUGGCGGAGGUGGGGGGCGUUUUUGCCUCCUUGGACUGGGACCUGCACGGCUUCUCCUCGUCUCUGGGGAACGUGCCCUUAGCUGACUCCCCGGGUUUCCUGAACGAGCGCCUGGGCCAGAUCGAGGGGAAGCUGCAGCGCGGCUCGCCCACAGACUUCGCCCACCUGAAGGGUAUCCUGCGGCGCCGUCAGCUCUACUGCCGCACAGGCUUCCACCUGGAGAUCUUCCCCAACGGCACGGUGCACGGCACCCGCCACGACCACAGCCGCUUCGGAAUUCUGGAAUUUAUCAGCUUGGCUGUGGGGCUGAUCAGCAUCCGAGGAGUGGACUCUGGCCUGUACCUAGGAAUGAAUGAGCGAGGAGAGCUCUAUGGAUCGAAGAAACUCACACGUGAAUGUGUUUUCCGGGAACAAUUUGAAGAAAACUGGUACAACACCUAUGCCUCCACCUUGUACAAACACUCGGACUCGGAAAGACAGUAUUACGUGGCCCUGAAUAAAGACGGCUCACCCCGGGAGGGAUACAGGACUAAACGACACCAGAAAUUCACUCACUUUUUACCCAGGCCAGUAGAUCCUUCUAAGUUGCCCUCCAUGUCCAGAGACCUCUUCCGCUAUAGGUAAUGGACCUCUGUGACCCAUGUACUCUGUGGCCAUGGUUGGCUCUGCAAACACUAUACUCGUAGCUUUUCAAUCCUUCCUUCCUAUCAAUUAGAUAACAGAGAAGCACUUACUGUUCAACUUGACCCAGCUGUCCCCUUGUUCGAAGUGUAUGUAUAUCAAGGUUGGGUUAUUUUGGGGAGGGACAUGGGAGGAGGGGCGGGCCAGAGGGAGUCUUGUAUAUACUUUUCGCUUUACUCGUGUUCUUUCCCAUGAGGUGGCAGGGCAAAGAACAGGGGCCCCCACUGAGGGCCAAGGCUGUCUUGCCUCACAAUCUACCCAGAUACUUUGAGAUGGGGUGCAAAUGAAAGACCAAGGAAUCUGCCACAGAUGCUACCUACAGAGCUUUGGGACAGUGUCCUUUGGCCAUCCCUCGGGGCUCCAGCCCUGCUGCAAGCCGUCCUGCCCUGGCUCUGCAGCUCUCAUUCGUCCUGACAUGCAGUUUUCUUGCCACCGAAGUGGGAGGGAUGGGGUAGGUAGUAAGGAAAUGAUAUUAAAAUGUAAGCAUGGAUACUGUGCGUAAGGACAAACUAUUUAUGAAAUGUAUAUGCUAUUUAUUUUAUAUAUUUAUUUAUUUCAAAAUAAUUUUAUUUUUAAUGAGAGAUGCUAUGACUGGAUUUUCAUCAGAAAGAAUAAGGUCCUACUGAAACAGGAAAAAAUGAGUUAUUAAAGGCUUUUAUUGGCAAUAAAAUUGUCUUUAUA